CAAACGGGUGUGUAUAUAUAUAUCUGUGAGUCAGAGACGCAAAGACUGAGAGACAGAACGAACAUUUUUGUUUGAGGCCUCGCAUUAUUGUUGUUGUUACUUGGAAAAUUGAUAACAUUAAAGCCAAAUUAUCCAAAUCUACUGUGCAUUUUUUUUGGAUUUUUUCCGAGUGUUACAAAAAAAAUCUCAAACAAAACCAAAUAAAAGGUGAAAAAUCUGGCAAACCUUGGUGGAUUGAGGGCUCGCUUGUCGCUGAAGCAAGCAAUCUCCGACUACAGCGUUGACGACGAGGAGUGUAGGCCUUGGCGUCGCAGGCUUUUCAUGGCGUUCACAUGGGGUUCAGCGCUCAGGAUCACACUUAUCUUACUCCUCUUCGCUGCGGUGGUCACCGCUUGUUUCACUUUCCCCAUUGAAAAGAUUCUGAAGAACUUCUUAUUAUGGGUUGAGCAAGAUCUUGGACCUUGGGGUCCACUUGUGCUGGCUGUUGCAUACAUUCCCCUGACAGUCUUGGCAGUUCCAGCAUCAGUACUAACUCUUGGUGGUGGUUAUCUUUUUGGGCUGCCCGUGGGCUUUGUGGCUGACUCGAUUGGUGCCAGUAUUGGUGCAGGGGCUGCAUUUCUUCUUGGAAGAACAAUUGGAAGAUCAUUUGUUAUUUCCAAGUUGAAGGAUUAUCCACAGUUUCGGUCAAUUGCGAUUGCAAUUCAUGGUUCUGGAUUCAAGAUUGUUUUGCUGCUUCGGCUUGUUCCCUUACUGCCAUUUAACAUGUUGAAUUACCUCCUGUCUGUGACUCCCGUUCCACUAGGGGAAUACAUGCUGGCUUCCUGGUUGGGAAUGAUGCCAAUAACACUCGCAUUAGUUUAUGUUGGAACAACUCUCAAGGAUCUUUCUGAUGUAACACAUGGAUGGAGCGAGUUUUCGAAGACUCGUUGGGCAUUUAUCAUAUUGGGCCUUGCAGUAUCUGUGGUUUUGAUGGUUUGUGUUACUAAAGUUGCCAAGGCUGCUUUAGAAAAAGCUUUGGCUGAAAAUGAGGAUAUUGAUGGCGUUUUAGCAUCACCACAGCUACCCAUUGUAGCUGAACCACCUGUGGAUCUCAACCAGCCUCUCAUAAUCAAGAUAGACCCUUCUGAAGACAAUCAUGAAAAAUGAAAUUAAUGUUGUGUGUAAAUUCUUCCCCUACCUUCUUUUAUAAGGCCAUGUCUGUCUUAUUAUUUGCGGCAUUUGGAGCUUUUGAUCCAUGAUCUGUAUAGUCCCUUCUUUUAGUAAUUUAGUUUCAACAGAAAUGGCCGAUUUUAAAAUUAAGAAUGUACUAUAAUUCAAGUGUAGCUCGUGUCUGAAAUUGGAAAAUAAAGGUCAAAGGAGUUAAUGAAAGUAUGGAUUUGAACUUUGAAUUUUA